UGGGGUUGCUAAUUCCCCAGCGCUUGCCGGUCCCUUGGACGCCUGAGAAUGGGUAGAGCGAGUUGACCCACGGCGUCGGCGCUCGGCACGUUCGUAAUUUGAGGAGACCUGACUGUCGGAAUGCUUGGAUCGGUCCUUUGGGCGCCUGCGCUUAGUUAUGUUGGACCUUUCAUAAGACUUUUGCGUGACGGUAGAGUUGCUUCCGCUGGACGUUCCGGACGAGUGCGUAAGACUGGAGAAGACGGAGAGCAAGGAGGGACUAGACAGAUUCGACAAGGCAUCCGCCCUUCGAAGCAAGGAACUAUGCUUUUGUCUUACACUUCGUCGAGCAGAGCUCACACCAAGCUCGAGGCCAGACCCGCUGCGUCGAGCAUGAGAGCUGCCGCGGUCUCGAGGUGGGGUGCUUUUGAAGGAAGUGUGGUCGGCGGCGUCCCCUCCUUCCGAUAUCCUCGACAGCUCCGGGUAGUAGCCAGUCGAGCUUCGAUUGGAGGCGGCAGUGGAGCUGCGCGAGCUUCUGGACGAGCUGGCGGAGGUUGUUGUCGCCUUUCGAGCGCUCCGUUUCCUGACUCGCGUUGGGCGUGCGUCUUCAACGUCUUCCCACGUCGGCGACUCUGGCUGCCGAUCGUCAUUCGCAUCGUACGGAGAUUUCAACCUCACAGUCGAGUGCUUGCGCAGCCGGCGCGAGGAGAGCCUCUCGUCCGCGCUGCCCCGCGGCCUCGCAUCGCUUUCAGCGUCGAGAUCGGGACACUGGGGACGGCAGCGCGGCGUGGCGGCUGCUACUGGAGACCCGCGCCCUUCAGCCUGUGCAUGCCAGAUGAAUACAGGUCAGCAACCAUGCUCUAACUGGUCCACGUAGGUGACAGCGUUGGCGAAGCAUACCAUGGAUAUCAGAGGGACAGAUAAGCCUUCACCUCUCUUGACGCCUGAAGCGCAGUCUGAAGUCGACCUCUCCGCGAGAACAGCUGGGCCUGCAGCUAGCCGGAACCGAGCUAAGACAUGCGGGCACGAUGAAAGACGACGGGAGGCCGAUCUGGGGGAAAAGGCGCGAACUACUGUCCGAUACAGGGCUUUUUCGUGUCACAAAAGGCGUGC